AUGGGGCUGGUCCUGCCGUGCUGGGUCCUGGUGCUGCUCUGGGUGUCUGUGGCUCAGGCUGAGGUCUUGGUGCAGCCGGACUUCAAUGCCCAAAAGUUCUCAGGCCUCUGGUAUGUGGUGGCCAUGGUGUCCGACUGCCAAGUCUUCCUGGGCACAAAGGACCAUCUACUGAUGUCCUUCAGCACCAUCAACGCCACCGCGGAAGGUGACCUCAGUGCCCACAUGGUCUUCCCGGGCACUAGCUGCUUUCGGUUGUAUUUCCGGCUGUCCCAGGUCCUGUACCUUGGGGUCCCUCGCCUGCCCCUCCCUGGCCCCCAGUCAUCAGUCGGGGCCAGCCUGGGCCGGACUCAGGACGCCACCCCCGAGGCCCUGAGGGCCAUCCGUGACUUCUACCCCACCGUGGGGCUUCAGGAUGACAUGAUGAUCCUGCUGCCCAAGUCAGACAUGUGCUCCCCCAGGGAAGGAGGCACCCUGGCACCCCCAGAGGCCCAGGCCAGCCCCUCCCAGGAGGCCACGGUGAGACCGGUGUCCUGUGCGGGCUGGGCCAGGCUGGCCCUCAACCUACCGUCCUCUCCCCCCUUCUGCCUGGCGAGCCUCUUGGAAGCCCCUCCUGCCCCGCCGGGAAGCCUGCCUUGGUUUUCUGGGGCUAAAGUGCCACAGCCUGAGCCCUUAAACAGCCAGAGCGGUGGACGAGGUGUGAGGGUCACCGGCAUGGUGGGGGAAGAUUUGUGGGCUUUCCUGGGGUUCCUCCAGAUGUUUCUGUAGCCUGCCUCGGUCCUUACUUCCCUUCCCUAAUUUCCUACAGUUGGUUUCCUUUCGGGUAAGCUUGAGAUUGGCUCAUGGCUGCUUUCUUCUCUCGUGGGCUGCCUGCCAGAGGGCCUGGGGGUUUGGGGAUGGGUUAACUUGCUCAUGGAUCUAAACAACCCAGUGAACCCUAAGCCUUCCAAUAUGGUGGUAGGGGGUGGGGGUCGAUGUUCGAUUACCCUCCUGUCACCUCCACCCCUUUACCCAGGGCUGGGCAGAGCCUGGGGGGCGGAGUUGUCCCUGCCCAUCAAGACUGAGGGACUCCUGGGGACGGGUAGGGUCUCUGGGGUGGUAGUGCCGGCGUGGGGUGUUUCCCGGUUUAUAGAAGUUCUGGUGGAGAGUCAGCUGUCCGGCCUUGUGCCGUGGCCAGCUUGUGGGGAGCAGCAAGCGCCUCUGUCCAGGGUGGAUGCCACAUCUGCACUUCCUCCUCGCAGGGUGAGCCUGGAGCCCUAAA